AGCAGAAGAUUAGAUUGUAUUUAACCUUAACUACGUCAGUGAAAAAAAAACAACCCCAAAGUUGACCUUGUAUCUUUUUGCUUUAAUAUGCUGCUAUUUACAUCUGUCAGCGGCACUCAGUUGGCUGUGCCCUUUAACCUGUUAUUAUUAAUAAGGGGAUUGGAGAAUGAUUAGCAGGAUUUCAUCCACUAUCAGGUAUUGCCAUCAGAGAGUCUGCAAAGGUAGUUGACCAGGCCCAAAGGAGAGUGUUGAGGGGAGUUGAUGACCUUGACUUUUUCAUAGGGGAUGAAGCCAUCGAUAAACCUACCUAUGCUACAAAGUUACUAACUUCAGGAGGACGCCUUUCUGUGGUUCUCUGUGCCUGUACUAUGAAGCAGACGCUCUUACUGUUCUGAAGUUGGACAUGUUUUGUUUUUUCUUGCUCCAGUGGCCUAUACGGCACGGCAUCAUUGAGGACUGGGAUCUUAUGGAAAGGUUCAUGGAACAAGUGGUUUUUAAAUAUCUUCGUGCUGAACCUGAGGACCAUUAUUUUUUAAUGACAGAACCUCCAUUGAAUACACCAGAAAAUAGAGAAUAUCUUGCAGAAAUAAUGUUUGAAUCAUUUAAUGUACCAGGACUCUACAUUGCAGUUCAGGCAGUGCUGGCUCUUGCAGCCUCUUGGACAUCUCGACAAGUUGGGGAGCGCACGCUGACUGGGACAGUCAUUGACAGUGGGGAUGGCGUCACCCACGUCAUCCCAGUGGCAGAAGGUUAUGUAAUUGGAAGCUGCAUCAAACACAUCCCAAUUGCAGGUAGAGAUAUUACGUAUUUCAUUCAACAGCUGCUAAGGGAGAGGGAGGUGGGAAUCCCUCCUGAGCAGUCACUGGAGACCGCAAAAGCCAUUAAGGAGAAGUACUGUUACAUUUGCCCUGACAUGGUCAAGGAGUUCGCUAAGUAUGAUGUGGAUCCCCGGAAGUGGAUCAAGCAGUACACAGGCAUCAAUGCGAUCAACCAGAAGAAGUUUAUUAUCGAUGUUGGCUAUGAAAGGUUCUUGGGACCGGAAAUAUUCUUCCAUCCGGAGUUUGCCAACCCGGACUUUAUGGAAUCUAUCUCAGAUGUUGUUGAUGAAGUAAUACAGAACUGUCCCAUAGAUGUACGUCGUCCGCUGUAUAAGAACGUUGUUCUUUCGGGAGGCUCAACGAUGUUCCGGGACUUUGGACGCCGACUGCAGAGGGAUAUCAAAAGAGUGGUGGACGCCAGGCUGAAGCUGAGCGAGGAGCUCAGUGGCGGCAGGAUCAAGCCGAAGCCUGUGGAGGUUCAGGUGAUCACACAUCAUAUGCAGCGCUAUGCUGUGUGGUUCGGAGGGUCCAUGCUUGCCUCAACGCCGGAGUUCUUCCAGGUCUGUCACACCAAGAGGGACUAUGAAGAGUACGGCCCCAGCAUCUGCCGCCACAACCCCGUCUUCGGAGUCAUGUCUUAGCGUCCUUCGGCCGCGUCGUGCUGGGAACAAGUGUCCUUCAGAGCCCGCCCCGAGGAGCGCCCGAGCAUGGGGGCAGCGCAGCCUCCCUGUGAAGCCAUGUCCGCGCGCGGCUGCCCGGCGCCCGCCCCUCCCAGCUUCCCACUCGCCCGUCCCGAAGGAGACCACACCGGCGCCCGGCAGCCCACCCCAGGACACCUGCGACUGGAAGCGCUCGCCCCCCUCCCCAGCCUAUUUUUGUAAAUAAAAUGUUCUAAACUUGAAAUACAAAUGGAUGUUUAUAUUUCCUAUCCCCGUUUUGUAUUUGACGGUCUGGGCACAGCUGGCUGGCACGGAGCCCGGUCGAUGUCGUCGAUGUCAUGGAGUGCUGUAACGGAGUUUUCCUCGUGAGGCAUGUUCUGGUGUGCUUAUAGGCAAACUAAUAAAACAGCAAACGCUUUGCCCCGUUUGCUAGAAAAUUGUUCUUUAUUAGGGUGACAUAAAAUCUGAACACUUAAAUGGUAUUGUAUGAGGUUAUUCUAGAUAAUCUGUCUCUGUGUUUUUAUUUAAGCUUUCUGAACUAUUUCCUAGAAGAUGAUGAUGGUUUACAAUGUCGGUGAGCGCCGGAUGAAAUGCUGACUUGCACUGGUGUAAUAAAAGCUGUUAGAAUCUUUGUA